GAGCAAAGGGGUUGCACCCCAGCGUCAGGGAGAUGCGACCCGGGAGAGGGCGACAAGGGCGCCUUCUGUGGGACCCGGACGUUCUAAGCAAAUUUCUAGCAUCUGUCCCGGGCUCCCAGAGCUCUCGGGGGCCCUGGGCUGUGGCACGGGGUCCUCCUCCGCGGGGUGGCGCCUUCCGCCCCUCCCCGUUGGGCGGCCUCCGGCAGGCCCCGUUCCUCCCCGCGAACGCCACCGAGGUGCCCGCGAUGGGGGCUCCGCCGAUUGGCUGUGCGACGCGUCGCUCGGGCCGGCCCCGCCCCGCGGGCCCCGGGGGUACUAACCCCGCGCGGGCGGCCGCGGCCCCGCCACUUGAUUCUGGAGGAUUUGUUCUGGGGCUGCGGCCGCGGAGUCGGGGCGGCCGCGGGCGAGCUUCGGAGCGGGAGGCGGCGGCGGGGGCGGGGGCACAGCCCCGCGCGGGCCCCGCCGCGGCCCAGGCAGCCGGGACAGCCGCGAGGGGCGGCCGCACGCGGUGCCGCGCGCCGGGGAUGCGGGACUAGCCGGGCAGGCUGCGGGCGGCCGUCGGGCUAGCGAGGCCU